AUGGAGGAACAGAGAUUAAAAGACGAGAGACCAGCUGAGGAACUGAUGGAAGUCAAAGUGGAUGUACAGUCUGAAGAUGUGAAUUCCACCCACAGUGAUACAAGGCCUCUGAUUAAUGUCAGGGAUCCCAAAGGAGUUAACAACAGUCUUAAGGUCACGUUUGAAGAUGUGAUUGCAGAGCCUCCCUCGGUGCGGAGCUUUGAUAAAGUGUGGUUGUGGAGUCACGCCCUAUUUGAGGUGUCCAGACUGUGGAUCUACCGGCUCAUCUCUCUCCUUCUGGCAGUGCCGGUCUCUCUGGCAGCAGGGAUCCUCUUCGCUGUGCUCAGCUUCCUUCACAUCUGGUUGAUCAUGCCCUGUGUGCAGCUGCUUCUCAUCAACAUGCACUGGGUUCAGACUGUGUGGGGCAGCUUACUCAACAUACUCAUCAGCCCAUUAUUUACCAGUAUUGGAAAGUGCUGUGGUCAAAUCACCAUCCAUCUGGCAAAAGAUGAAGACAGAUAG